GGGUGGCGGAACGAGGGUGCUCCUCCAGCUUCCGAGUCCGGUCAGCCUGGGCGCGGGGCGCCGCCCCCGAGACACCCGAGGACUCCAGUCCUCCCUGGUUCCUUGGACGGUGGAGGUUCGCGCAUAGUGGCGGCGAGAGCCUGUCUCUUGUGGCUCAGCGCCGCGGGGAGGUUGACGCAUACCUGCGGAGGUCGCACCUGGGCGUGAGGAGGAGGAGGAGGAAGGGCAUGAGCCAAGCCUGAGGAAUCCGUGGUCCGGACUCUACCCUCUAGGUUUUUACCCUAGAAUCUGUGGUGUGGCUGUCCCAGGUGAGACUUGGACUAUGUGCCUCAGUCAUGGUUUAAAGCCCGGACCUCCUGCCUUCAUUGACUUCUCAGGGCAGCUGUGACCUCAGCACAGUAGAGAGCCAUCCUUUGCCCUUUAGCCCAGACCUCCUGCCUUCAUUGACUUCUCAGAGCAGCUGUGACCUCAGCACAUAGAGUGCCAUUCUUUGCCCUUUAGCCAGAGGGUGGCCCUUGGGUAGGAAAUCCCUGUCUUUGUCCUCGUUCCCCACGUUGGUGUGGGUUACUGGCUGCAGGAUGAACUGUCGCUCGGAGGUGCUAGAGGUGUCGGUGGAGGGCCGGCAGGUGGAGGAGGCCUUGCUGGCUGUGCUGCACACGGUGCUUCUGCACCGGAGCACGGGCAAGUUCCACUAUAAGAAGGAGGGCACCUACUCCAUUGGCACCGUGGGCACCCAGGAUGUCGACUGUGACUUCAUCGACUUCACCUACGUUCGUGUCUCUUCUGAGGAACUGGACCGUGCCCUGCGCAAGGUUGUUGGGGAGUUCAAGGAUGCACUGCGCAACUCUGGUGGCGAUGGGCUGGGGCAGAUGUCCUUGGAGUUCUACCAGAAGAAGAAGUCUCGCUGGCCUUUCUCAGACGAGUGCAUCCCAUGGGAAGUGUGGACGGUCAAGGUGCAUGUGGUAGCCCUGGCCACAGAGCAGGAGCGGCAGAUCUGCAGGGAAAAGGUGGGCGAGAAACUCUGUGAGAAGAUCAUCAACAUCGUGGAGGUGAUGAAUCGGCACGAGUACCUACCCAAGAUGCCCACACAGUCGGAGGUGGAUAAUGUGUUUGACACAGGCUUGCGGGACGUGCAGCCCUACCUCUACAAGAUCUCCUUCCAGAUCACUGAUGCCCUGGGCACCUCCGUCACCACCACCAUGCGCAGGCUCAUCAAAGACACCCUUGCCCUCUGAGCCCACCCGGUUUCUGGGAGCUCCUCGAUGGCUCCCAGACCUCGGCUUUGGGGGGUUGUGCUGUUAGGCCUGUGGGCCUUGGAACCUGCCCUGGGUCAUGCGUGAGACUUGGAAGGGGCGGUGCUGGUUUUGUUUUGUGGUUGCCAGCCUCUGGUCAUCCUUUCACCUUUGCAGACGGUUCAGUCCUGCCUGUACUCUCUCCAUACCCCUGGUGGGCCCCUUCCUUCUCUACUGUAUAGAAGAGCCACCACUAGCAUGGGGAAUAAAGUUGAGAA